AUGGCUGAAUUACUCCUCUUCAGCAUCGCAGAAUCACUCAUAGCAAAGCUUGCAUCUCGGACAUAUGAAGAAACUUCACAGGUGCUGGGGGUAUACCACCGUCUGCAAGAGUUUACACAAACUCUCUCAUUAGUCAAGGCUGUGCUGUUAGACGCUGAGAAAAAGCAGCGGGAGAAUUAUGAGCUGCGAGAAUGGCUGAAGCAGAUCAAACAUGUCUUUUCUGAUGCCGAAAAUGUGUUGGAUGAAUUUGAGUGUGAAUUAUUAAGAAAGCAAGUAGUCCAAGCUCAGGGAAGCGCCACAAUCAAGGUAGCACAUUUCUUCUCAAGUUCUAAUCCACUUGUUUUUCAUUAUAGAAUGGCUCAACAGAUAAAAAAAAUCAAUAAGAGACUAGACAAGGUUGCUGCAGACAGACAUAAGUUUGGUCUUGAAACAAUUGAUGUUGAUAGAUUUGUUGUACAUAGGAGGGAUAUGACAUACUCCUACGUUGUUGAUUCGGAUGUCAUAGGAAGAAAUCAUGAUAAAGAAAAUAUUAUAAAGCUUUUGAUGCAAAAGAAUCUGAAUAAUAAUGACAAAAGUCUCUCUAUUAUCCCCAUUGUCGGGAUUGGAGGCUUGGGAAAGACCACAUCAGCAAAGUUUGUUUUCAAUGAUAGGAAGAUACACGAGUUGUUCCCAUUGAGGAUGUGGGUUUGUGUUUCUAAUGACUUUGAAGUUAAACACGAGAUUAUUAAAAUCAUCAAUUCUGAUAAUGAUUCUGGUCACCAACAAAAUUUAGAAAAGGUAGAUAUGGAGCAACUGCAAAGUCAAUUAAGAAACAAACUUGCCAAUAAAAAAUUCUUAUUAGUCUUGGAUGACGUGUGGAAUGAAGAUCUUGUUAAAUGGGUUGAGUUGAGGAAUCUAAUACAAGUACGUGCUGCAGGAAGUAAAAUUUUAGUGACUACACGCAGUCACUUGACGGCUUCCAUGAUGGGCACGGUUCCCUCUUACAUUUUAGAAGGCCUUUCUGAGGAGGAUUCAUUGUCUCUGUUUGUCAAAUGGGCAUUUAAAGAAGGACAAGAGAAAAGGCAUCCAUAUUUGGUAAAUAUUGGGAGAGAAAUUGUGAAAAAAUGCAGAGGGGUGCCUUGGCGUAUUGGCAAAAUGCCAUCCAAUUUGAGGCAAUGCUUUGCUUUGUUCAACCUUUAUCCAUGUGGCUAUGUAUUUGAUAGUUUUGACGUUACUUCACUUUGGAGAGCACUUGAUCUCCUUCCAUUACCAAAUAGAAAUCAAAUAUUGAAACACGGUGCAAAUCCAUAUAUUUGUGAACUAUUUUCAAGAUCUUUUCUACAAGAUUUUGUUGACUAUGGCAUUGGUUUUACUUUUAAAAUACAUGAUUUGGUGCAUGAUAUCGCACGUUAUUUGGGAAAAAACUCCAUCAUGGUAAGAUACCCCUUUGUGUUUAGACCCGAACACAGGUAUAUCCAGCAUCUAUCUUUUCCUGAAAAUGUUGGGAUUGAAAAUUUUCCAGUCCACAAAUUUGUUGGUGCGAGAACCAUACUAUUUCCUACCCCAGGAGUAGGAGCCAACAGUGAAGUAUUUUUGCUUAAAUGUGUGUCACGGUGCAAUCGCUUGCGGUUUUUAGAUUUAAGCGAUUCUAUGUAUAAGACUUUGCCUAGUUAUGUUGGCAAGUUGAAACAUUUAAGAUAUCUCAGUCUUGAAAAUAAUAAAAUCUUAAAGAGACUUCCUGAUUCUCUUUGUAACCUUCUAAAUUUGCAAGUUUUGAUAGUUAGUGGAUGUACAGAGCUUGUAGCACUGCCUAAAGGUUUAAGAAAAUUGAUCAGUCUUCAGCAUCUGGAGAUAACCACAAAGCAACGUGUUUUGCCAGAGGAUGAGAUUGCAAACUUGAGUUCUCUUCAGACUCUCAGAAUCGAAUUUUGCAACAAUUUGGAAUCUUUGUUUCGAGGGAUUAAACUCCCUACUCUCAACGCAUUGUGUAUUAGUUAUUGCAAGAUUCUAAAGUCCUUGCCACUUGAUAUUGAACAUUUUCCUGAAUUAGAGACUUUGUUAGUUGACAACUGUGACUUGUUGGAGUUGUCAAAGGAACAUAACAACCAAAAUUCCAACUUGAGGUUGAAGGUUGUAAAUUUCAUUUCAUUGCCACAGUUGGUGACCUUGCCUCAUUGGCUUCAAGGUUCCGCGGAUACAUUGCAGUACUUGUUAAUUUCAAGCUGUAACAAUCUUGUGGGGCUUCCUCAAUGGCUAUCAGCUAUGACUUCCCUAAAAACACUGUGUGUCACAAGUUGUCCUAAUAUGUUGUCCCUCCAUGAUGACAUCCAUCGCCUCUCCACCAUUGAGCGAUUGGAAAUUGAUGGUAAUCCUGAAUCGUGCCAACACUUAACUAUUAAGGAACCAGAAGAGGAGAACGAAGGGAUAGAAGAAUUGGAGUGA